AAAAUUAAGGGAGAGAUUGUGGGGUUCAUCCCAUCUAUAUAGACAUGUGCCUAUAUAAUAAUACUUGGUGAUCAAGUUUGGAAAGAUGUGGAGGAGCAUCAAAUUGCCCGUGUAGAAUAUUUUGAGCCCACCGACUCUUUUGCCCUAUAAGAGGAGGCAUUCUCUCAAUUGUAAACACAACAAAAAGUAGAGAGGAAGUAACAGAAGUUAAAGAGAGUAAUUCACUGAUCGUAGUCUCUGAGAUAAAUAGUGAGUAUAUAUAAUAUUAUUGUGAGGUAUUUAAAAUAAAGAGUGAUAUUUCUUUGAAGCUAUAGUAUUCUCUUGACACUAAUAAGUUGUAAUAUUAUUAUGAUAAUAUUGCUCCACUCGGGUAUUAUAUUUUGUCUCGUUAAAAGAUUUAAUGUCUUUGUUAUUUUCUUGUGUUAUUGUUAUUUAUCGUGAAUAUUAUUCCUGAGCGAGAUAUUAUUUUUCCAACAGAUACUGCCGGUCUUUGUUGAUUUUGUAACUCAUCAUUUCCAAAGAAAUACUUGUCAUGUCAUCUUGGGAUCGGGAAAAGCAGUAUGCAUUAGAUCGUAAGAAUAAAAUAAGUUUAACUUUGAGUUCGGGGUCAAGUACCAAAUCCAUGCUGACCUUACUCUCUAAAAAAUCAGCAAAAAGGAUGACUGUAUUCAAUUAUUCUAUAGUUGACUUGGGAACGUUCUCUUCUUGGGAUAAUACACUCUGUAUGUCUUUGUUCGGCCUUUCUUCUGGUAGAUCUGUCCUGGGCUGCUGGAUAACCCCUGCUAUUUUGAUUGCUACUCAUCCCCACUUUUGGUGUGACCUUUUCACGAGAGCAACCGUAGCAUUCUCAUACUAUCCUUUGCUCUCCUUUAAUUUCUCAGAUUCUCCACUUAGAAGGGAACUUCAAUAUACUUGGUACACUGUAGAAGAUUCAGGCAUUGCGGAUACUGCCAGUGCGAUUUGAGAGCUCCCAACAGAUAUCAGAGUCCACGAGGUAGCUGUUUGACGUCCGUAGUCCCGUGUUUCUCCCUCUUUAUCAUUUCUAUCUCUUAUUAGACAUUUGUAAUAGUUAGUAGAC